GAGAGAGGGAGAAACACUGUGUGUGUGUGUUCCAUAAGCUGUUACUUCACCAACUAAGGGGCUGCCUGGUGUUUCGCAUCUUCCAGAAGCUCUUACAGACUUGGUCCAGGAGCAGCGGGCAAAAUCAGUGAUGUUCCGAGGUCUCCGUCCCCGUAUUGCUCCCUUGUCAAUAAGGAGCAAUGAGCAAGGGUCCGACCUCGAGGGCCAGGGAAACAUCGUUCCUACUAGGCGAAAAGUGAAGGGAAGGAUUGGGGACCCAGCAUGGCUGAGGAGUUUGGCCUUUGCGGCUCCUCCUAUGACCCAAGCAGUGCCUGUGCAACUGAUAGAUCUGUUCCCAACCACCACAUCCUGCUUUGCCUGCGAUUGCAGAGGAGCCUGUGUUCCCCCAAGGAACACAAAAGUCCUUCCUACCCUGGCCAAGACAUCCACUGACAUUGUCCUGGAGCCCUCCUCUGAUUGGCCUCAGGGAGAAGCUUUUAGACCACAACAAAGCACUCCAGCCUGUCCUAGCACCUCCGGGGUUCCACAAAAAUGGACCUCCAAAGUCCACCCGGCCAUGGCCGGGGAAUGCCAGACAUCCCAUCAGAGACGAAGCUCCAAAGUCCACCCUGCCAUGGCCGGGGAAUGCCAGACAUCCCAUCAGAGACGAAGCUCCAAAAUCCACCCUGCCAUGGCCGGGGAAUGCCAGACAUCCCAUCAGAGACGAAGCUCCAAAAUCCACCCUGCCAUGGCCGAGGAAUGCCAGAAAUCCCCUCAUAUGUGAAGCUCUAAAGUCUACCCUGCCAUGGCCGGGAAAUGCCAGACAGCAGCCCCUCCUAAACAAAGCUCCAAAGUCUACCCUGCCAUGGCCGGGAAAUGCCAGACAGCCCCUCCUAAACGAAGCUCCAAAGUCCACCCUGCCCUGGCCAGGGAAUGCCAGACAGCCCCUCAUAGACGAAGCUCCAAAGUCCACCCUGCCAUGGCGGGGAAUGCCAGACAUUCCCUCAUAGACGAAGCUCCAAAGUCCACCCUGCCAUGGCCGGGGAAUGCCAGACAGCCCCUCCUAAACGAAGCUCCAAAGUCCACCCUGUCCUGGCAAAUGUAGCCAAGACAUCGCUAAAGACUGUUGUGGAACCCUCCUCCCAAUGCAUCGAGGGAGAAGUUUCUGGACCAGGAACCACCAGGCCAGCCACUCCUAGCAAAGGCAGUAUUCCACAAAAUCG